AUGUCUCAGAGUGAUCAGAACUGUUGCAAUGGUUCUACCAACUCCAACGACUCCACCGAUUCCAGCUAUUUUUCCUUUAGAACGAACAAAGGUGAAAACAUCUUGCCGUUGAGAGAAAAUACACGUGCUUUGUACGUUCCUUCAUGGACAGCUCCAGGCUGGAAGGACGACACAGACGCCCGCAAUGGCACAGAUUUUGCUGUUCGCGAUCCUGUAAAGGACGUCGUAAGACCAAUGAUGCUAGAUACAGAUAGGGCAAAGAAUCCCACCAAAAACGCCGUAAGAUUUGGUAUAUUUCCAGGCCGUUCUGAUGGACGAUCGUGUACCUCACCAACCCGAUCAGCAGAGCGAUUCAUGGCAACGCGAGAUGCAUCCGGCUGCGGCUUGACCGGAAGAGACCUUGCCAGCAAAAUUGAAGAGCAGGCGCAAAGAAGAGGACUCCAUAUUGACGACUAUCUUACUUCUCAGUGUUCCAAUGCCACGCUGAACGAUGGGCCCCAAGAACACGGCUUGUUCUCUCGAGAGAAAUGGGACCAAUCUCCUUUUGGCGUUGUAGACGUCAGGGCCGUAUCUUUCCGCCUUGAUGGGAAAUCCCUUGAUAUGGAUGUCGAGCGGAAUGAGGAGGUCUGGAACAGCCUUCAGCCUGCCCUUCAAAUGGCAACCAGACUGUUUUGUCAGGAUGAUCCUUUCUUCAAAACAAUACUUGACGUAGGUAACUGGUAUAAGAUCCCGGCGACUUCGGACUCAAAUCCUCAGAAGGCGAAAGCACCAAACUUCAAAAUUGAGCUUCGAAGCGACAAAAGUGAGGCCAUAGGCUAUCAACACAGAGUCAGACCUUCUGCAAAAUUUAACCCAGUGGAGCUCACCUUUAAAGUUUUGGAGAGCAGAUUGAAAUGGCGAAUUGUCAGUGCUCAUUACGAUAUCGAAUCACCAACAGGAAAGUUUGACGCAGAGACGGCUUUUGCUGUGACACGGUUCAAACUCUCCAAUCCCAGCAGUUCAAUUUGUAUCAACCUCGCAGCAGAAUUUAUUUGGCAGCUUUUGGCUACCCAACUAAGUUCCUCGGAGAAAAUCAUGGUUAGCUGGAUGCUUGCGGCGACGAUGGUGCACGAAUUAUGUCAUGCCAUUAUAGAAGCAACACUCUUAUGGAUCCGGCAUCCUCGCGAGUUUGGAGUUUCUCACCCUGCGGAUCUCACAUUUUGCAAGUUACUUGAGAGAGAUUUAUAUCCAUCGGCACCCCAUUAUCCAGACAUUGAGCCAUAUUAUAAAAAUGACUCGAGAAAAGAAAUUGGGGAAGCUUUUGAAAGACAUGUUUUGGGGCAUGGUCCAUAUCCAAUGACGCAUUUGUCCUUUUAUAAACCAAUGUUCCUAAUGUAUUACGGCGGUCUCACAUCUUCGUUCGACCAGAGCGAAUUUUAUCCUCGGGAUUCUGCUAAACACGAAGUACUUGCCCCAACAGUUCAAAAUUUCUUCACCCAAGAGUUUUGGAACACCACAUUUAAAAAGUAUGGCUCGGCAGCUCUGAGGAGCGUUCCAGACAUCCCACAAAGAGUUGCCUGGUUUUCAGCCGUGGAGUCUACUACAUUUCACUCUUCCCUUGGCGAUCUUGCCUUUGGCACCCCUGAAUCUCGGGAAUGGGUCAGUUGUUUCAUUCUGGAGCUGGAGGCAAGUGGCCAAAAAGUUAUCGCGCAGUACAUCAAAGCUCUGAUCUAUGACGCAUGGAAAUUCCCGAUGCUUGCCAAGCGUUUUGUUGAGAUUGCGGAAAACUGGUACCAUAGAGGCGAAAGACUGACAGCGCAAGCUUGCAAAACGGGUAUGGUUGCUUUUGAAGCAGGCAUCUUCUUUCUAUAUAGAAACAGGAGACUCGGUUCCAGAAAUAAGAGGCAAGAGGCAACAACUUUCUAUAAGCAAUGGCGGCGAUUGCGAAGCCACAAAAGCAUCGAGCCCGAUGAAACCUCCACAUCAUUAGACGGAAUGUCUAUAGAACAAUUCAUAUCGGGUAUUACCCGUGAAAGAGCCAAAUACGAUGACCGUCUUGCCAAAUCACUCAUGGGAUUUUCCAAAUUUCUACACCAAGAGCUGUGUAUUCAAGAAGCCAUGGUAGCUCAGUUAUACGAGCUGCCUAUUGGAUUCUGGGAGCAUUAUCUUGAAGGGAUCCCUGGCCAUCAACUCAUCUGGAGAGUUCGAAACAACAAAAUCAUCACCCAGUUAACAAGACUGCUUAGAGACCUCAACGGGUUUCAAGCGCAUUUGCCAUCUUGGAGAAACGAAUGGCAGGCGAAGGUACUAUCCUGUUUAACCUCAUUUCGAAACAUUUCAUACCUCAUUUCCAAAGAUGCGAGAGAAGUGCAUGCCAACUGGCGAGAAAUGCUUCAUACGGUGCCUAUACUUCGCAAGUCAAAGCGCAGGGUAUGGGAGAGAUGGUACCCAUUGGCGAAGCGGGCGAUGCUCAACCUGAAGGGCGAUCAGCUUGCUAAGCUGGAGGAAUUUGAACAGAGAUAUGCCCGAGAUUUCGAUUUGAACCCGUACAAGAUUGUUCUGCCAAGCCGAAGUGCAGGAGUACAGGGAGUUGCUGAGAAAUGGGCAGGCUUGCUCGACAAUAUUGUGGAGUUUGAGCAAGACGAGGGCAAAUUGAUGGAAGAUCUUGAGCGCGAAGAGUUACAUGCACUUGCUCCCACGCCAAAUGCUACGGAUUUCGCCUCAACAGUAGAUCCCAACCUUCUAGGAGAUGAUCGAACACGAGACAUCCAUCAAGCAAUGGAAAUCGAUAAACAAAAUGAAGCGAGAUUGCGAUUACAGCGUGCGGAUUCGUACCGCCAAGGGGUCUACAAACAACCAGCUUCCACAAGUAUAAGUUGGACAUACCAGCUAAAGGAGGCACAGCACUUGAACAGGACUCAUACAGAUCUCAAAGUUGGUGAACCACAGAUUACACGAGCUCUAAUGGAAGAUCACCCCGUUCCAUUCGUCAGCUCCGGGAACAAGAAAAAGCGCAACUGGGAUCUCUACACUACUACCUUUGACGUUCUUGAAGGUCUGGUACCAAAGAAACGAUCCGCUGAUUCUGUUCAAAAGAUUAAUAGCCUUUCAAAGCUAAUUGCAGAAGUCAACAAGGAUACCAACGAUAAUGUCUACGUUCCAGCGGGGCGUACCCCGCAGCUGAUACCUCGAACGAUUCAAAUUUAUGGAAAUAUCCUCGAUGAGCUUGCCGAAUCUGUUCAACGAGAUAUCGAUAUGAUGGAUUUUGAUGACGAAGUGUUCAAAAUGCAGCAGACAAGAGAAAUGUUUGCGUCCGAGAUACAACAAACAAUGAGAGGGCACAGGGAAACGCUGUCCAAGGCGAGGGAGUACCAGGUAGUGGCUAACAAGCUUGCUCGGCAGGAACGGGAUAAGGCAGCCGAAAGGCAGCACGAUAGGAGGGAAUAG